AACUCUGGACGCUGAGUAGCUCAUGGCUUCCUAUCCCCUAUAAACCAUAUUCUGUGAGUGGAAUGUUGCAAUAUAUGGCGCAGAAUACCAAAGGAGUAGCAGCAGCAUAGGUUCUUUAAACAUCACGCACAAAGAUUGGAUAACUCAAUCGCGCACUGGGCUUAAGUAUUCCACCAAAUCAAUCAAGUACGGAGGUGGAAAGAUGGCCAAGGAGCGGUGCUAUCAAGCAAUGACGACCAUCAAAAAAUGUAUGGCGACGAGGCAUUUAAAUAGUUCGACAAAGGAUCAAUUGAGAUAUGCUCAUAGUAAACUCGGUCGUUUAUAUUACUUUUUGGCAAGUAAUAACGCUGAGAAUUGGAUAUCUGCACAGCUUGGGCCCCUAUUCGAUGAAGCCUAUGAUGGCUUUUUUGAGGUCCUUGGUCUCUUGAGAGAUCAAGACCUGGCUAGUGACACUGACACAAUCAGAAUCAUUUCAGAGAAGCUGCAAAUAGUUAACCCCGAGAGUACUGCUGAUCGAAUCUAUCCUUCAAAACAAUCAAGAUCGGUCGUCAUUAGCAGACAAGUCACUAUGGAGAUGGUGAAUUACGUCGCAGGUGGCCUUUCUGCUGUUCAUAAGCUGAUACCGCAUAUUACUAGAUAUCUUCCAGUUGCAUUGCUCCUGGAUAAGCUGAAAUAUCUAAGAACCCUCCUCAGCUUAACUGCAGAGUGGUGCAUUGAGCAUGAGAAAAUGAAGGAUCUCUUCAUCUUCGCUGAGGAUGUACUUUACACUACCGCAUACCAAUCUAUCUUAUGUUGGAAGAUGGAUGAAGAGUCGCAGCCACGUGUCGUAGGCUUGUUGGUUCUUGAUAAAAGAAAUUAAGGGAAAUAAUCGGGGAAGAUGACAGGAAAAUAAAAAGAGUAUACUGGAAUAGAUGUAAAAGGAACUGAA